AUGAAUCAACAUAAUUUUACAAUUGACACAGAUGCAAUUGUUCCCAAUAACAACAACUAUGACGAAAAAGAUAUUGAUUUUGAUUUAGUUUAUGCAUUUCACACUUUUCAAGCCAUUGUUGAAGGUCAAGCAAGUGUAGAGAAAAGAGAUCCUUUAACUCUGUUAGAUGAUUCUAAUAGUUAUUGGUGGUUAGUUAAAGUGUUAAGAAGUGAAGAAAUUGUUGGAGGAGAUGAAGGAGAGUAUGAAAAUGAAGAAUCUAAAGUUGUAAUUAAAAAACAAAACCAAUUAGAAGUAGAUGCCAAUAAUAAUAAUAUUAUUAUUCAAAUACAAAAUCAAGCAUAUGAUGGACAAAACUUUGAUGAAGAUAUGGAUAGAGAUAAUGGUGUAGUUUACACCAAUUUAGAACUAAAAAAUGAAGAUGUAUUAAUGACAGAAAAAAAAGAAUUUAAAAUCGAAGAUAAAAACUUUUUAAAUAGUCCUAUUGAGAAUAUUGUAAACCCUUCAACACUAAAUAAUAAUUUUGUAUCUAUUGAUAAUAAGACAAGCAUUACAUCAGAUUCUUCAAAAAUGCAAACAGAAAAUAAUUUUAAUAAUCUUAAUAUUAAUAAACAAGUAACUAUAGAUCAGUUAAUAAGUCCUCCAUUAAGUCCAGAACCAACUCAAUUGAAUUCCACUCCUAAUAUUAAUCAACAAAUGGAGCAGAAAUAUAACCAGCAUUUUGAUUCUAAUAAUCAACCUCAAAUGGCACCAGAAUCCACUGGUAUUAUUUCUCCUACAAAUCAAAUCGAACUGAACAAUAAUAAUAUUCAGCCUGCUAAUUCAAAUAUCUUUGUUCUAUCACUUCCUGAUGAACCAAAUCAGAAUAUAAAAGCGAGUAUUACACCUGCUCUAGCAAAAAUUUAUAAUAGUUAUACAACUGAUUUCAAUAAUGCCAUGAAUCUUAUGUCAAAAUCAACAAAUAACAUCACACCUAAUUAUAUACCACCAACAAUAAAUCAAAGUCAGUAUCAAAUACAACAACAGAAACAACAAAGAGUGCAAGUGAAUCCACAACAUGGUUUUCAAAUAUCUCAGCAGCAACACCAACAAUUAUUUCAACAACCUGAUAUAUAUCCACAAGGUCAACAGAAUAAUUAUAUGUCACUUGGUGAUUCUCAAAGGCCCCUUCUCAACAUUCAAACACAGCAUCAACAACAACAGUCUACUUGUUCAAAUGGUAAUCUACCACUGCCACCAAAACAACAACAAUCACAAUCAUUAUCAUCUGCACAACCCAUGCAAAAUUCAAAAUAUGAAAAUUCUUCUGUACAACAACUAUUACCAUCAUCUCCUCCUACCUAUAGUAUCCUUCGUAUUUUCUCUGAGAUAUUUCAAUCAUUAAAUUCAUAUUCAACUGCUCCAUUACCAUCCAUAAAAAGAAGCUCAAUAGCAUCAAUAUCUUCAACAUCCUCCAACAUGUCAAAUCAUCCAAAAAUAAAAAAUCUUGAAUCAAAUUAUAAUGAAAAUCCUGUUACUGUUGCCUUCUAUCUAAAUAAAAAAAUUAGUAGAAAUAGUAGAUCAUCUAUUGGUGAUAAAAAAUUACAUUUACGUGUUAUAACAUAUGCUGACGACUUACCAACUCAUCUACGAUCCAAAGGUCCCUUGACACCAAUACCAAGAACAUCCUUGUCAGUAACAAAACAUCUUGCUGACAAAACAGCUAGGAGGCGUUCACGCGAGGAAGGAAAACCAAGGGAAAAACAUUUGAUUGUCAAUGGUUUGACAACUGUUGCUGAUGUUAUAUUGAAAUCAAUGAAGAAAUUUGGUAUUGUUGAUGGUAUUGUUGAUGAUGGUGAACACAUAGAAAGUAAUGAUGAUGAAAUACCACGUUAUAGACUAAUGCUUAAUAUAGAAGGAAAUGAAAAGUUAUUAAAUCCUAAAGCAGGAAUCCUGUCUGAAUAUCCAACACCACCAAAUCUUAGACAUUUAUCAAUUGAUUCAUUAGAUUCCGCUUCUUCACAUGCAUUGGAUUAUCUUCCAGAUGAACCCAUUUUUGUUUUACGUCUAUUAAAACCUGAAGAUCAUAUAAAUCGUGCAAUGCCAGAUGCUAUUGAUCCAAAAAAAUAUAUGCAACAAUCAUCAUCAUCGUCAUUAGAAAAACAAAUGAUAAAUUAUAAUGAAUCUAUGAAUGAAAAUAGUGACAAUAAUGAUGAACUAUUGAAAAGAAAACAACUUAUUGAAAAGCAACGUGAAUACAGUAGAGCCAAACAAAAGUCUAUUAUAUCAGCUCAUAAAAAUACUGAACAAGGUAUUGAUAUUGUCACAAGGGAUGGAGCAAUUAGAAGUUCAAGGAUUUUUGGUGGGUCAAAAGUACGUUAUUCAUUUAUUUCAGCUGAUGGCGAAGAAAUUGAUAUCAGUGACAUUGUUGAAGAUAUUAUGGGUGAUGAUUAUGAGCUUGUGGUAGAGGAGGAUAUUGAUGAAGAUCCAAUAAAAGAACAACACCAAAAACAUCAAGAAGACUCAAACUUGACAUCAACAGAUUUUAGUAAUAAUAGUAGUAAUGAAGAAUCAUUGUCAUCGCCAGCUCCUAACAAAAAGAAAUCUUAUAGAAGGAGUAGUACCCAAGAUGUAGAUAUUUUGGUAAAGAUUGUAGGCCGGGCUCAAAAUAGUAACGGUGAUGAAAGGUCAAGUCAAUCAUUAGACAAGAUUGGUCUUGUAAUUGAAAAAGUAAAACAAACUCCAUCAUAUAGGUUGAGUAAAUCAAACUUAAAUCCUAAUUCUGAUCCGAAUUUCAAUCCAAACUUUACUCAACCCAAUUCAAUAAUGAGCAUAGAAUCCGAAAAUCAAGAUACAGCAGGUAGUUUAGUUUACAAACCUAAUAGUAAAACGCAACCAUUCCAACAAACAAAAACAAGAGACAGAUCCUUUUCCAAUUCAUCAGUUAAUGAUUUUGGUUUGAAAGAAUUGUUGACGCUUGUGAGAUCAGGUGUUAAUAUGUUGGAAUUGAGAGAGCGUAGGAAGAGUGGAUGGCAUUUAAAUGAAGAUCCUGAGAAAGUUUUGAAACAAAUUAAGCCAACUGAAAUAAAAGAAGAAAUUAAAGAUAUUUUUUCUGAUGUUAAUCAACAAAUUGAUAAAAUGGAACAGGAUCUCGAUAAAUUAUUGGAUGAUGUAAUAAAUACAUUUUGA